GACCCUUGGCGCCUGUUCUGAGUUUUGGGAUGCCAGCCGUGACACUACGUGUAUGCCCACCUUAAGAAUGGCAAAGCCAGCAGGAGAAAAAAAAAUAAGCACCAAGUAGAACAUAAAGGGAGGAGUGCAUAUGGAGUUGUAAGAGGCACUGUAAUUAUGGCCCUUCAGACUGAUUCAGCAGCUUAUUUGCCCACUCUCCAAUGGGCCUACCUGAUGAAAUUCAGCCUGGUGUCAAUUGAGCAGGUUUGAUUUUACCAUCAAAUGGAGGGGCGCAUUCACUGUAAGGCCAAAUAGUUGAAUUAGCCCAAUACUGCCAACCUUAGGUGUGCAUACAGACACAGGGAGGAAAAAAUCUGCUCCUUUGAUGUCCCCACCUUAAACUUAACAUUUAACUUACUGGUUUACCCAUCAGAUCGGCUCGCAAAAAAUAAAAGAAAAACCACAAUAUAGCCACAAUAUACACAUUGGCGCUAUGUUUUAUAUGGGAGAACAGAGUACAUAGCAAUUACUUGCACCCUAAAUGGAAGCGAAAAGCUGCUCUCACUCCUCAUACGUAAGGGAGCCACUGUACAAUGUAGCCGAUAGGAAGCGGCAUUUACUUUCAUACGGGCCUUAAGUAAACCUCGAAGUUAUCCAAACAAAACAUAAAACAAAAGCCGGCGUCUGGAUAUAGCCACGUGUUACUGCCAUCCACAACACCCCACCUCCGCCAUGGAUACGCUGCUCAUUUUCAGACAUCCUGCCACAUUUUAACUUACACAGAUUACAAGUUGCCGCCCCUUCGCUAGUCCAACCAAUUACAAAGGGUUUGGUAGGCGCUGGGGGCGGAACAGGAAAAGAGACAGUAGUGAGAAUACCUAAGCUGUUCCUAGGCACUGACAGGAAGCUGGUACUCCCCGUAACAUGACAACGGGAGCUCGGUAGCAACACCGUAAGCAGAAGGAGCAGAGAAGCUGGAAUGAACUGAUGCAGAUGGAAGGUUCAGGCAUGCGCAGUACUGCUGAGGUGAAUAAUAGAAGGGACGUGUGCGCCGGUAUCAGGCGAGACUUUGGGUUGUUAUGCUGGGCGCAUGAUGUGCCUGUCCCGCAUCCUCUUCCUGAAACCUUUCCAAGCAUAGUAAUGCAGUGCCACUAAUGGGCAACGUGUUGUCUGUUACAUUCAUUGUAAUCAUUUCAGUAUGAGACUGGUACAGGAUUUCAUGCAUGGAGUAAUGGUUUUUACCAUGGAAUGUGUGAUACCUGCAACUAGUCCGGAAUGGGCAUAGCAGUCCUGAAUAUCUUGCAGUAGGAAGCUGGACCAGGUUUUUUUUUUGGUUUUUUUUUGCCAACACUGUCAGAAAUGGAAAGAGAAGGCCUGGAAUGGAUUGGAGCUUUUCUGCGCCUGUUGGUUUCUUGGGGUGCUUCUUCUGCAAUGAUUUUUGGAGGUGUAGUUCCAUAUAUACCCCAAUACAGGGAUAUUAGAAGGACACAGAAUGCAGAAGGAUUCUCCAUUUAUGUUUGUCUUAUGCUGCUAAUAGCCAAUAUACUGCGAAUACUGUUCUGGUUUGGACACCACUUUGAAUCACCUCUCCUUUGGCAAAGUAUUAUAAUGAUUGUUACAAUGCUGCUUAUGUUAAAGCUGUGUACAGAAGUGCGUGUGGCAAAUGAGCUGAACCCAAAGCGCCGAUCAUUCACAGCCUCAGAUAGUAAGGAUGAAGAAUUCAAAACUCAUCCCAAGAGAUGCUUUCUGGAUUUUGAUACAGCUUUCUUUUGGCACUGGAGCAGAUUCAUAGACUAUGUACAGUGUGUUCUGGCCUUCACCGGCGUGACAGGAUACAUCACUUAUCUCUUCCUAGACUCUACACUUUUUGUAGAGAUAUUGGGCUUCCUUGCCGUUUUCACUGAGGCCUUGCUUGGUGUUCCUCAGCUUUACAGAAAUCAUCAGAACUACUCCACUGAGGGAAUGAGCAUCAAAAUGGUACUAAUGUGGACAAGCGGUGACACUUUCAAGAGUGCGUACUUUGUUCUGAACCAGGCUCCAUUCCAGUUCACCAUCUGCGGCCUAUUGCAGGUUUUUGUAGACAUUGCCAUCUUGCUCCAAGUGUACAUAUACAGUGCCUACCCCCAGAAGCCAGUAUCACACACUACACACGCUACUAGUGCCAAAGCUCUCUAAGAGAGAAAAUGGGUGUGCGGGCAAGUGCUCCCCAUGGUAUUAUACGUUAUGGUGUCAGUGCAACUUCUUCAGUACCAGAAAUCCUUAUAUCUGGUGCUGGGUCUACCUGUAUUUCUGCUGGAUAUUCAUAUACUGCAGUGUUCUCUAAUAUUUUAUGUACACUGUUACUCUGCCUCAUCCUUAAAGCACGUCUCUGCUGCAAAGCCAAUGCACACAUUUUGUAUUCUGUACUAAGGACCAACUGAGUGUAUAAUGUAUUUUUUUGAUUGUAGGGUUAAAAAACCUUAAGAACUGGACAAAAUAUGUUGCUUUAAUAAUUCUUGGCCUCUGUAACAGUUUACUAAUUUUUUUCUCUGCUUCCACCUUCAAGUGUGGGUGCAUUAGGGUGCACCUAGUUUCAGUUAGAUUUUAGUUGGAUCCUUAGGGUUUUUUUUCCCAAGAUUCUGAAUAUAAGCCCUAAGAUUCAGCUAGCUACAUCAAAACAUUGUGUUUAUGAGCCUUCCCCAAAGCAGACACAAAGAAGCUGGUUUUAUUUUCAAUCAUUUUAGACAUCUGCACUCAAAUUAGAGAUUUGACGCCUAGUGUGAAGUCGCAGAAAUGACUAUUAACAUUGUGACAACCUGAGCUCACAGGGGCUUAUUUACAAAGACAAGGCAAAGCUGCACUUGUGCAUUGCAACACAUAAGAGAUUUAUUAUCAUUGCCCUAUCUCAAGAAAAUGGAUGAAAGCUAAUUGGUGAUUAGAUGCUAUGGGUUACUGCACUGGUGCAAUGAGCUGAAGGCGGUACCUGACUUGAAUUUGCCACAGUUUAAUGACAUCUUGGCCAGUCUUGAAGCUUUUAAAUGUUAUGGUGUAAAUUAUGAGACUGUCACUUUUAUGACUUGUUAGUCUAUAACUGGUAAGGCAGAUAACAUUGUCUUGCCCAUUGUCAUUAGCAGGUGUUGUACAUGACACUUACUAUGGUUUUUUGUCCCAAAGGAGACAAUCGCUACAAGCUUUACUAUGCUGAAAAUCACCUGUGGGGAAGCUGCACAUAAACAUUAAUCAUUACGUUUGUGACAAACACUCAGCUUUAUAACCAACAAUCAAUUCAGUCUGCUUGAUAUUUGCCACUUGUAAUGAGCUUACAAGUUAUCCAUCUAUGCAAUGUCUUCUGUACAUGCCUCUCGGCAAGCGAGGGAUCCACUCAUUGUUACACGCCAGUCAGACUGGGAUUCAUGUCUUUUUCACCGAGUGGCAAAAUUCCUUUCAAUUCAUUCAAAGGCCUCUCUGCUCUGCUGACUUUAUAAUUAGUGCUGUGGCUCCCUUAUCCAGAGUUCAAAUGAGCCGUUCCAAGAAUAGCAAGAAUGAACCCAAAUUAGCAAAUGCACAUAAAUGUAAUGCGGCUCUUUCUCCCUCUGGACUAAAAUAGAAAUACUGUUCAGUCAUAGCUUUUUUUUUUAUCCUAUCUAAUAAAGUCCAUUCUGUGGC